UAACAACAACAACUCCUAAAAAAACAACCACAGUUCUCCUCUCUCUCUCUCUCUCUUCAUGGCCUUCCUUUUACCACUCUAACAAUGUCUAACAACUGAAAGCUCAAAAGGGUAUUCUUUAUUUUUCCCAUAUUUUCUUGGGUUUUCUUCGUUUUUUUAUUUUUUGUUUUCUCGCGGCAUGGAGGCGAAUCUUAAAGGUUUAGUCCUUGACCCCACAAAAUGUGGUGGACUUCCUUUGGAAGAAAAGAGGGAGCUAGUUCGUGAAAUUGCUCAAUGGCCAGAAGAUGCACCAGAGAUUCUGAGUUCUUUUAGCCGCAAAGAGCUGUUGGAAAUCAUCUGUGCUGAAAUGGGUAAAGAAAGAAAAUACAGUGGAUUUACCAAACUUAGAAUGAUUCAACACCUUCUACAGUUAAUUUCAAAAAACUCAAAGAGGAAGAAUAUUGAUAUUGAUAAUGAUCUUGAUUUAUCUAUGGCCAAAAGUCAGAAUGGAGCAAAGAAGCAGAGAAAAAGUGACCAGGAUUCUUUACAAAACCUAAGCAGAAGCAAGAGUGAAGUAGUAAAAACCUUAUUAUUAUGUCCAAAUCUGGCUUGCAGAGCUACUCUAACCCAAGAUGACGGUUUCUGCAAAAGGUGUUCUUGUUGUGUUUGCCAUCACUAUGAUGAUAAUAAAGAUCCAAGUCUUUGGUUGACCUGUGACUCUGAUCCGCCUAAUGAAGGUGAUUCAUGUGGGAUGUCUUGUCAUAUAAAUUGUGCACUAAAACAUGAAAGAACUGGUAUACUGAAGAAUUGUAAGCGUGGAAAAGCUGACGGGAGAUUCUAUUGUGUUUCUUGCGGAAAAAUCAAUGACCUUAUGAGUACAUGGCGAAAGCAGUUGUUGGUUGUCAAGGAAGCUAGACGUGUUGAUGUGCUAUGUCUAAGAAUCUCAUUGUGUCACAAGAUCCUUGAUGGAACUGAACGGUAUAAGGAUCUACAUAAGCCUAUAGAUAUUGCUGCAAAGAAACUUAGGAAGGAACUCGGGCCUCUUGAUCGGGUAUGUGAAAAAAUGGGCCGAGGAAUUGUUAACAGGCUUGCUUGUGGGGCCGAGGUUCAGAAGUUGUGCGCCUCUGCUCUAGAUGCUUUUGAUGCCUUGUCUACCCAGCCAUACACAUGCGGUUUGGAUCAAGAAAACACUCUGACAUGUCAAAUACGUUUUGAAGAAUCUUUCCCAACAUCAGUAGUCAUUGUACUGGACUACAAUGAUCGUCUUUUUGAAGAGUUUUUGGGUUGUCGAAUAUGGCAUCAAAAGUCUGCUUUAAAGAGUUAUCCAGAAAAGCCCUCUUGCAUUGUUCUUAAACCAGAAAAGAAAUUCCAGAUCUGUGACCUUCAACCAGACACAGAAUAUGCUUGCAGAGUUUCUCUUUUCAGUUGCACGAGUAUUUUCGGGACUUGGGAAGCAAAAUGGCUUACUCCUCCAUCAGUUGAGAUGUUUCCUUUGGUUUCAGAUGAACAAGUUUCAGAUGAACAUGAUGAUGUGAUAAUUGAUGAAAAACCCAUGAGUUUUUUCAAAUCAGCUACAGUUGAUGAUCAUACAGCAAAACUCAGAUCUUUAAAUGACAUCAAUGACACACAUAUAGUAAGUUCCGGGUCAAUAAACCCCAUCACACCAUCAAAAGUAGACACGAGGCAAGAUUUAGUAGUUGGCCCGAGUAUUGGCCCGAGUAACAAGAUGGUUGUUGAAGAACUGAAUAGAAGUUAUGAAUAUUGUGUAAAGGUGAUCAAGAGUUUGGAGCGCGUAGGGCACCUGAGUAUUGAUUUCAGAGUGAAGUUUCUCACUUGGUUUAGCUUGAAAGCAACGAUGAGAGAAAGACGGGUUGUUAGUGCUUUUGUGGAUACUAUGGUGGAUGACCCGCCAAGCUUGGCCGAGCAGCUAACUGAUGCCUUUGCUGAUGAAAUUUACAUUCUGCCCUAAAAUCACAAUCCUUCUAAAAAUUCUGCCCAAUACCCACUUUUUCGGGCCGGGCCAGCGGGCUGGGCUCAUGAUGCCUUUGCUGAUGAAAUUUGCAGUGAGAGAUCUACUUCCUCAACAUACAUUCUGCCCUAAUAUCACAAUCCUUCUUUUAUUCUUCUCUUUUAACAAAAAAAUGAAAAAAAAACUAACUUAUCUUAGGCUAUUUUGAUGAUGAUUUUGUCUAGAAUCUAGGUUGGUAUUGGUAUAGAGAGAUUUUAGAUUCUGAUGAUAAUUCAACUUGUGAUCUGACAUCGCCGGAAAAGGGGCUUGUUAUGCAUCAAAUGGGAAAAUGGUGAAUACUCUAAAAUAGUGUAUAGGUUGAAGGAGUGGCAUUAUCACUUCCUCUUUUUUUUUUCAGGCUUUUCCUUGGUUCUGUCAAUAUAUUCAGUGCCCUGUUUCAGAUUUUUCUGAUGCAUAUGUUAUUACAGCAUCGUGAAUGAAUGAAUUCGUGAUGGUGUUCUGAAUGAAUGUGCAGUUUAUGACCUUUGUUGAA